CUGAGGUAGGCCUGACCAGUGCUGCGCACACAGGCAGAGUGGCUGCUCUAACUCGUUAACAUCGGCAGCGGAAACAAAAACAGCUGUUUCCUCAAAGGUCACAUGCUGGUCAUGCAGGCAGUGUGAAAUCAGAGACACUCCCACCUCUCACUGCCAGGCAAAAGCCCAGAGGACAAAAGGUUAAAACAGCUCAGUUCUUAACCCACAUAUCUUAAUCCAAACAAGAUGAAAAAGUUACCUUUAUUGCUUCUCUUUUGUCAUUUUUCUUCUUCAGUGAAACACACUCUGAAGUUUUUUGUGACUGUAUCUGCUGGAGUCCCAAACUUCCCAGAGCUUACAGCUGUUGCAGUCGUUGAUGAACUUCUGAUGAGUUACUGUGACAGCAACAAACACAUCGAGCCAAAACAGGACUGGAUGCAAAAAGUAUUCGAAGACAAUCCUCAGCAGUUGGAGUGGUACUCUCGAAGGUGUUUUGAGAUUGGGCCUGUCGGUCUUAAAGCCAUGAUUAACAGUUUCAAGCAACGCUUCAACCAAAGUGGAGGUGUUCAUGUUUUACAGGAGAUGAGUGGCUGUGAGUGGGACGAUGAGACUGGAGAGGUUAAUGGUUUCAUGCAGUUUGGUUAUGAUGGAGAAGACUUCCUAGCAUUGGACCUGAAGACACUGACAUGGAUCGCUCCGAAACCACAGGCUGUCAUCACCAAACUGAGAUGGAACGCUGACAAAAGUACAUUAAAAUACAGCGAGCAUGCACUGACUCAAGUUUUACCUGAGUGGCUGAAGAUGUACUUGACCUAUGGCAAGAGCUCUCUGCUGAGAAAGGACCUCCCCUCAGUGUCUCUCCUCCAGAAGUUUCCCUCCUCUCCAGUCAGCUGCCACGCUACAGGUUUCUACCCCGACAGAGCCAUGGUGUUCUGGAGGAAAGACGGAGAGGAGAUUCACGAGGACGUGGACCUCGGAGAGAUCCUCCCCAACCAUGAUGGAUCCUUCCAGAUGAGUGUUGACCUGAACGUUUCUUCGGUCGCACCUGAAGACUGGAGGAGGUACGACUGUGUGUUUCAUCUCUCUGGUGUGAAGGAAGACAUCAUCACCACACUGGACAAAGCAGUAAUCAGGACCAACUGGGUUUCUCCCACACAGGUUCCUGCUGGUCCUGUUUUCGGAGUUGUUGCAGGACUGCUGCUGGUGGUGGCACUCUGCAUCACGGGACUCUUUGUGUGGAGAAGGAACAAAAAUGGAUUCAGACCUGCAAACAUUUCAGACUCUUCAUCGUCAUCGGACAACACUUCAGCAUCUGACUGAAGAAAGUGAGUUUGUCUUUGGCUCAACUAUGACAUAAUGUGCAAGUUUCAGAAUUCACAAAGACAUUUUGCAUAUCUGCGUGUGACCCAAUAAGCCCAGUGGGAGCAGAUGGAACUGCAUAAGCCUCUUAAACAUCAAAAUACGUAGUCUGACAAGCAAAUCAAGUGAAGGUGAAGAAAAGAGCAGAGAAGUUUGGGGGAGGAGAAUAAGGCAGCUGAGCAGGCAGGGAGCUGACUGACUGGGAAAAAGUGAGGGAAGGACUAACGAGGCUGAUGCAGCGCAGGUGUGCAGGUGGGUAAAUAAGAGAGAGGCAGCACAGGAGCACAGGAGAGGAAAAAACCCACUGAAACCCCAACAUGCUGAAAACACUGUCUUAUUUCUGUGGAGAGUGCAACCAAAGACAAACUAAGUAAUACAGGCAACUUAAAUGCCUCAAUAGUCUAUUACAUUACCACUCAAUCCAAUCUGACAGCAUCAGGACACAAAGUACAAACACAACAAUGUAAAAAUACCAUUUUACAAGUUCAACUCCUGGAUUCAAAACCCUACUUGAGUAAAGUAGGAGUCAAGUCUAGAUGUAUUAUCAGAAAUUAGCCUAAAUUUUCAAAAAGAAAACUACCUGUAGAAACUACCUGAAUAAAUUUUAAUGUAUCAGUGUAACUACCAGUGAUGAAUUAGUAAAGAUGGAGCUAUGUUUCACUACUUUUUACAGUAAAGUAUUGUGAAAAAAUGGAUAUUUUGACUUGUUUGGACCUCAAUCUGAGUUAUGUUUUUGUGCAACCUGUAUCAGAAUCAAAAAUACUUUAUUGUGGUUCAUUACAGUUGCUCCGGCACUAGAGAAUUAUUGCAAAGAGAAAUAAGUACCAGCACAAGUAUAUAAAAAUAGAAAGUGGAAAAGGAAAUACAGUGAGAAUAAACAAGCAGCACAGUAUGUGAAUAUUUUAAUAUUUAAAAUACAGUAUGUUUAGUAUGCUGAGUAUGUAAGUGUGUAAAAAUAUAA